AUACAGGCUCUAUAAGUAGCGCAUAACCAGCCCGUUUUGCGGUAGUUCGGAUUACUUCUUUAAGUCUCUGUUCUCUGUUUUCCCGCAAAAAUGCCGGAUCCAGCGAAAUCCGCUCCUGCUCCCAAGAAGGGCUCCAAAAAGGCUGUUACGAAAGUGCAGAAGAAGGACGGCAAGAAGCGCAAGCGCAGCCGCAAGGAGAGCUACUCCGUUUACGUGUACAAGGUGCUGAAGCAGGUCCACCCCGACACCGGCAUCUCGUCCAAGGCCAUGGGCAUCAUGAACUCCUUCGUCAACGACAUCUUCGAGCGCAUCGCGGGAGAGGCGUCCCGCCUGGCGCACUACAACAAGCGCUCCACCAUCACCUCCCGCGAGAUCCAGACGGCCGUGCGCCUGCUGCUGCCCGGCGAGCUGGCCAAGCACGCCGUGUCCGAGGGCACCAAGGCGGUCACCAAGUACACCAGCUCGAACCCGGGGAAUCUGUCUCCAACUAAGCCUGGUGGCAGUGAGGACCGUCAUCCCCCUCCCAGCCAGCUGUCAGCUAUACCUCCAUUCUGUCUGGUUCUCAGGGCUGGAAUCGCUGGGCAGGUCUAGCUAAUCCUUGGCCCUCCUAGGAAAAUAUUCCUAAAUCCUGAAAGCAUUUAGCUAGGAAAGAUCCAGAA